GAACUUUGUAAACUAAACUCUAAACCCCGAGCCUGUGUCAGGGAUGCAGUCAAGGCCUCUCUGAAAUCUGAAAACAUGUCGUUGCUACUUUUUUUCCGAUUUCGCUCGGAUUACGCUCGGAUCACGUCUCGAAAUUGUCAGUGAAGUAGACAUCAGAUAAUUCAUGUGCUCCACGUGCGGACAUUUUGCGGAGCUUGGCGCAGAAGAGUACGGGACGUCUGUGUGAUAGAGAUUCGUGAGAAGGGUUCAGUUUUCUUGUCACAUGGUUCGUCUAGAUGUGCGCGAGCAAUUUUGCCCUGAAGAUGAAAUUCUUGCCUGCUGUUUAGGGGGCAACGAUGUUUCAGGUGGAGCGCUGGCUGGGAGGAGAAAGUCGGAAGCAUGGUUCUCCAAUACUAUUAGAUCGUUUGAAUGCCAGAGCUCGGGAGCGGGCUGCUCUGCUUCCGCUUAGAGAGAAAGCGGAAGGUUCUUCUCCAGGUAACAGGGAGAAAGUCUCGAACAAGGAUUCUGAUCCUGCACUGAGUAGAGAUGAAAGCAAGGAGGAAGCCUCAAAGGUUGUGGUUGAGGAAGAAUCUAAUGCCGUGAGCGAAAUUGAACCUCAUACUAGGCGAAAAAAGCGAUUGCAACAUCAGGAACACAAGACAGAAUUGGCAACCUUGAUUGACCAGGAAGCUCCUGAUUCUGCUAUAAAAGUCAAAAAGCUCAAGAAGCUGAAAGUCUCGGAUACGACUGAAGAACAUGUGUUUCCUCUGGAAGCUCCUGCUUCUCCUGGAACGGAAGAACAGGAAAGGAAAGUGAACGAUACUUUAACAAGUGAAGAUAAUAUAGAGCGAGCGGAAGAGAAUUAUGCAGCCGACAUCGACAGAAGUGUCCCGGAGCUGGUUGAAUUUCGAGUGUCCAAAUGGGAGAAGAAACGAAAGAAAGAAAAGAGGUUGAAGAUACGAAGAGGGGGCAAUCUGGAACCAAGUGAUGAACUGGUUAACGCAAGAGGCGUAUCUGGAGAAGUGGAUGUGAUUGCAGAUGGUGGCCCUUGGAAACAGAUCAAUGAAGAGGAGCCUAACAGUAAGUCCCUAGGGGUUCCGGAUGAGGAGGAGGAGCAUGUAAUUACAGAGAACACUGACGAGUUGAACGCACUAGGAGCGGACGAUACUUCUCGGAAUGAACCUGAAUUUCCACAAUUGAGAGGGAUGUGGAUAGAAUCAUGGGUCGUGAUGUUAAUUUGGUUCAAGCAGAGUCGCAAGACCACGGGCCGGUGUUGCCAUGGAUGCGUGAUCCGCUUGAUAUUGAUGCCUACAAGGCCACCUCCCUGAGACAAGUGCCUGGCUUGGACACCAGGUAGCCUUGCCGUCCGUCCGUUUGUAAUCAUCUUCUAUCUGCCCAGCACUUGAAGUUUGUCUCGAUGUCCAGCCGAUGAUUCUUGGUGCGUUUCGAGUUACAUUGCAGACUUCAAGAUGCUUUCGAUGGCAGGAAAACAAUCGUUGUUUCCGGUACAGAUGGCCGUGUGGCACGAGACUGUGGGCCCUGGUUUAAGCGAGCGAGACGUCUGUGUCAGCUCGCCAACAGGCAGUGGCAAAACACUAUCUUACGCAUUACCGAUCGUCCAAAAGUUAUCGUCUCGGGUGAUUCGUCUUCUUCGAGUUCUCGUAGUGCUCCCGACCAGGGAUCUAGCUGCGCAGGUUAAAGCAGUCUUUGACACCAUCGCACCAGCAGUUGUUCUCUCGGUGGGACUAGCUGUGGGACAAACGUCAACUGUAGCUGAAGCGGCUGAAUUGGUUCAGAUUCGUAAGUCGAUGGUCCACAGUUUUGGGAAAAAUCUGAGGCUGCAACUCCCGACCUUGCCGAAAGCCAGGUUGACAUACUUGUUGCAAUUCCAGGGCGCUUGAUGGACCAUAUUCGAAGUACGAAAGGGUUCACUCUUCAGCACCUACAAAUUCUCGUUGUUGAUGAGACAGAUAGAUUGCUACGGCAAUCUUACCAGGAGUGGCUGCCAAAUGUCUUGGCGUGUGUUUCUGCUUCUGGCCCGAUGUUGUCUGGACUAGCGUUUCGAAAUUCUCAUCCUGGCUCAGUCCGCACCAUUAGAAAUUGCUGUCUUGAAAGAGGAAAUAGAGGCACUGCACUCCCACGAUUGAUGAAGAUGGUGUUAUCGGCUACCUUGACGAGAGAUCCAGCAAAAAUUGCACAACUUGGUCUUCUCUGCCCCAUAUAUGUGGCGCCUGGUGCUGCUGGCAACCGGUAUCAACUACCAGAACAACUUAAGUCUUACAGGAUGGUCUGCAAACCGGGAGAGAAGCCCUUAUAUUUGGUAGCACUUUUACAACAGCUUUGCAGCCAAACAACCAUUGUUUUCACUGCUUCUGUAGUGGCUACUCAUCGACUAUAUACUCUGCUAAAAUGCUACUAAGGAUUGUCAAGGUGGCUGAGUACUCAAGCUUGCAGCAUUAACAACCCCGCAGUAAAGCGUUGGCAAAAUUCCGGAAUGGCCAGGCACAAAUGCUCAUUGCCUCAGAUGCGAUGACAAGGGGUAUGGAUGUGGAAGGUGUUGCAAACGUUGUCAAUUAUGAUAUGCCUGUGUACGCAAAGACCUACGUCCAUCGUGUUGGGCGCACUGCUCGAGCCGGACAGCCCGGGAGCUAUUAAACUCUUCUUCGGAAGGAGGAGGUACGACACUUCAAACAGAUGUUGAAGAAAGUCGACAAUAGCAAGUGCAAGGAUUAUUCACUGCCGUCAUCUGUCAUCGAAGAGCUUUAUGAGUCUUACACUGAAGCUCUGGAGAAACUGAAGCAGAUAACAGCAGACGAGGCAGCAUGAAUUUCACAUGGCAGUCGGACGCAGACAGAAGGGGAAAAUAAAGUUACUGGGCCGGACGAGCUUUUCAAAUGACCACGAGAUAUCACUCAGCGUUUGGAGUACGAUGAUAUAUUUAUCCCUAACUUCUGUCUAAUUGAAGAAACACUGUGUGAAGAAUACGAAGAGCUGGUUGGUCAUCGGAUUCAUAUCAGUACUUUCAGUGUGCAAUCCUAGUCCAGGAUUAGAAUAAUUCGGUUUCGUCUCCACUUUAAUGCACCUGUAAGUCGAGUAGCUGGGUUCCUGAGGAAGGUUCCGGGAGGUUCCCCUUCAUGUAUUCUUCAAGUUCGCAGCUUAGGCCCGAACGACCGCAUGUAGGAGAAAAUUGCCAUCCUCACUUUGGUUGGCGGCGUCUGUUUGUGAUGUCAGCUGCGCCAGAUUUCUUCAGUAAAGUUUACAUUGAUUGUGAAGAUUAUUUCCCA